AUGAAGAUCGCCAACAGUCUACGCAUCCUUGUCGGACUUGUGGGUGUCGCCACAGCUUGGGCUGCCAGCGACGCUAAAACCGCCUCCAACCAUCCCUCCUCCAAGGUCAACCUGACCGAUCUGCCUUCCUGGGACUUGAAGAGAGGAGAACCAGUCCUUGGGCAAGAUGAGCAAGGAAACAAAGACGACGAACUUCCAACCAUUGCCGAGCUGGUCCAAAACCAGAAGGCAUCCAUCCAAGUGGACCGCCAGGUGAAUUUGAGGCAUCGUCUCCUGAGCACUGCAGGGCAAAUCCGACCCGUCUUUGGGAAUAGUGGCAAAUGUAGUGUUGAUAGGAGGGUUGACAACAAUAACUUGUAUCUCCAUAAGUGCCAUACACUAAGCAAUCAAAAGUUCACCUAUGAUGCCAACACAAAGCAAAUCAAGGUCGAUGGGCUUUGUUUGGAUGACACUGGUCUUGCAGGCCGCAAUGUAUGGGUCCACGCUUGUCACGAUGGAAACAACCAAAAGUGGAGGACAGAUAACAAGGGCAGGAUCCAAGGCCUCCAUGAUUAUUCCUGUCUUGAUGUUGCAUCUGAUGGAAAUCUCUACAUGAGAGGCUGUUGUGAUAACUGUGAGGGACAACGCUGGUAUGUCCCUCAGCAUUUUCCAACUUCAAGGAGCGAGAUCCAUCCAGUCCUUAACUCAGCCGCGUGCUGGGAUAUUGGUGGCAUGGAAAAGAAUUUGUAUGUCAACGGGAAUUGCCACACUGGAGAAAACCAGCAGUUUUACUAUUCCCCAUAUUCCCAGAGCAUCUUUCUGCCCUUGACGGAAGGAUCGGGAUGCUUGGAUGAAAACUAUAUCACUGGUAAUGUUUAUGCUAAUGGAUGCCUCCAUGGUAACAACCAAAAAUGGUGGAUGGAUUCGUAUGGCAGGAUCCGCAAUCGCCACGACACCAUGAGUCGUUGCAUGGAACAGAAUAGUUCGGGGAACAAUUUGAGAAUGGUGGGGUGCAAUGACAAUGACAAUCAGAGAUUCAUUGUUCCGCAUGAAACAUUUCCCGUUGCUGCUAGUCAGGUUAAGCCUUUCUACGAUCUUGGUAAAUGUUGGGAUAGUGGACCAGACAAGAAUCUGUACCUGGCAUCAAGCUGUAUCAGUGGUAAUUUCCACCAGCAGUUCUACUUCAUGGCUCAAUCUGAGCGCAUAUACGAUGCCUAUGGAAAUGGCUGUCUUGACGACCAAGUCAGUGGUCACAGAAAUGUCUUUUCACACCCAUGUCAUAGUGGAAACAACCAAAAGUGGUAUGCUGACAGUCUUGGCAGACUUCGUGGUAGAUCGGAUAACAAGUGCCUGACUAUCGACAGCAGCAACCUAGUCAUGAAAGAUUGCAAUGACUCGAUUUACCAACGAUUUGUGGUCCCAGCAUCCUUCCCAAGGGUCACAAGCCCAGUUAAGAGCGCGUUCAAUACUGGUCUCUGCCUGGCUGUGAUGUCGGACAGGAAAGUUAUGGCGCGCUCAUGUCGGGGAGACAAGGAUGAGGAUUUCUUUUAUGUUCCAGACUCUGAGCGGAUCUUUGUAGCGUCAGGUCAAGGGUGUCUUGAUCCCACUGCCAACAACAAUGUAAUUGUACAUCCAUGCCAUGGCCAAAACAACCAAAAAUGGUACAUGGAUGAGCAUGGCAGGAUUCGUGACAAACAUUACCAUCACUGCCUUACUCGGGCCUCAAAUAACAACUUGGAGCACAGGGGCUGUGACGAUAGCGACAGUCAGAGGCUUGUCCUUCCAGAGAGUUUUCCUGUCAGCACAAGCGUUGUCAAGCCAUUCAAUAAUGACAAUCUAUGCUGGGGACUCGCUAAUGACAAUAUUAUGAUCGUUCCUUGUUCGUCGACCCAAAACUUCUUUUUUGCCCCUGAAUCUGGCCGCAUCAUUCAUCUUCCCUCAGGAAAAUGUGUGGAUGACGCAGGCUCUGGAGGCCGUAAUAUUUACUUGGGUUCAUGUCACGAUGCCAAUAAUCAAAAGUUCUUUGUUGACCAUAAGGGAAGGAUUCACUCCCGGCGGGAUGGAAAAUGCAUCGACAUUAACACUGACAACAACUUGUUUGUGAGAGAUUGCAAUGAUAAUGACUCGCAACGCUUCAUUUAUGCAAUUUCUUUCAAAACCAUUUUGAGUCCAGUGACGCCAUACGCAGACCAGACAAAGUGCUGGGACAUUGGAGGUACUGGUAACAACCUCUACCUGUAUCCCUGCCACAAGGGCAGAAAUCAAGACUUCUUCUACAUCCCAUCAACUGAACAAAUCAUGGCUGGUCAUGGGACUGGGUGCUUGACUGACGAAAGCUCCGGUGGUCGAAAUGUCUUUUUUGGAGCUUGUGGCACAGGCAACAACCAAAAGUGGUACAUGGAUGCCCAAGGUAGGCUCCACAGCAGGAUUGACGAGAUCAAGUGCCUUGACUUGAACAAGAGCACCAACAACCUCUACAUGGAAGUGUGCAAUGACAGCUUCAGCCAGAGGUUUUCCUACCCAAAUUCUUUCCCCAUUGUCGCCACAAAUGCUCGCACUGCCUACGACAGAAGGCAAGAACUCAACCGCAUCUACGGAACAGUCGAGCGGCAUAUCUAUGGUGAAGACUCCCGAUCGAUCAUCCGAUACAACCAUCCCGAUCAGGUGAGGAGAAACCUAUGCCCCUACUGGGAGAGUUCGUUCUCUUUCAACUACACCAUGCAGAACUAUGCUCUCUCCACAAGUUCAGUGAUUGAAGUCAAGUCCACUAGCGACAUGGACCAGCUCCUUUUGGACGAAACACGGGUGACAUCGGGUGUAACGAAGGUUCUAGUUGUGAAACGUCCGAAGCUACAAACUGGGUAUUUCAGGCUUGGUGACUAUGCGUCAAACAGCAAAGCGGGCCCCGACUCAUCUCUGUUGGUCAAGGGAGCUGAUGGAACUGUUCUCAAAGAGCCAACAGACUUUGUUUUGGUUUGGAAUGGUACCAGUGGCGAUGUCGUUACUCCUACUUCAAGUGGGUCGUUUUGGAAGCCUGUUGCCCCAGCUGGGUUCACGUGCCUUGGCCAUGUGUGGCAGCAAGGUACCACAAAGCCGGCCACCAACCUUGUGCGCUGCAUUCAAGACAGGUUUGUGGAAAGUGCACCGUCAAGUUUGUUAUUUGACAACGACGAUGCUGCCUCCAAAGCUAGAUCUGAAGUAGAUCUAAGUGUCCGGGUCGCAGGUUCGACGGCUACAAGUUUCACACCCGGUACCUUUGUCAGCAAGGCAUCACAUUCUGCCCCUGCCACCGAGGAAUUCAAGUCUCUCAAGAAAGGCUGCAUAUUAGGAGAGGGAGCUUUCCCAUUCUGUGAUGCAAAUGACAGUCUCUCUCUUACUGCCGACGCUUCAAAGGACUUCAAAAUUCCCUAUGCUAAACUCCAGCCGUGCUACUAUGAACAUGAAGACCAGGUUGGAUAUGGUUUGGUGAACGAGGACACCUCCAAGUGGCAGAAUCAUGCCAUUGAGUUAUUCAAUAUUCCUGCUGGCUCUCUUGGCUACAAGCAUGUAGGAGCUUCCACAAACCUUGGGGAGCCCUACUGCUUGGGAUCAGUUGUGUUUGGUUCAUCCAGCAUCAAGCAUGACCUUUUCAUCCAUGGAAUCACCAAGGUUGGAAGUGUCACUCAGCAGGAGGCCGAAGAUCAGAAGAAUGGAGCAUUGGGAAAUCACCUGUCCAAGAUGAUUUCAGGAGACUUCGUGUUUUUGUUUCCAUGCUCCGGAAAAAACUCAGUCAAGGAAUACAAGACAUCUCUGGCGGCCCUUGCCACUUCUGCAAACACCAAUGGUGGCAGUGAAAACGGUGUGGUUAACGCUAAUGAGAACCUGGGAGAAUUGGAGCUCUUUGGAGGUUCAAAGUGGACAAGCCCUCACUAUUGUGGCAUUUCAGAGGAGCCAACAGCAUCCGGUGGAUGCAGGAAAGUCGAUGUCUGCUUCUUUGAACCAGGUGGAUGCAAACCAUAUGACCAGCUACCAUGUACUAAGAACACUGACUGCAAAGGAGGGAUUUGCAAUUUAGCAGAUAAGCUUUGUGGAGAUAAUUUAAAUCUCUAUGCAAGCAGUGUUCAGUCAAACUCGAGGCAGACUCUUCAACGUGCUUCCUCCUACGGUAUUGGGCAAGAUGGGCCAGGAAGGUUCCUUGUUCAAGAAGCAGGCAACAGAAUCCAGCUGUCAGGCAAUGUGUGGAAAGCAUUCCCAAUGGCAGAGCACACUGUGUCUUACAGUUCAGUCUUGGAGUUUGAUUUCCGUCUUGUGGAUGAAGUUGAGGGACAUGCCAUUUGUCUUGAUGAGGAUCUCAACGAAGAUGUGGAAAUCCAAGGGUCCAAGCGAUGCUUUCGGCUUGGUGGCACUCAGAGUGCCAUUUGGAAGGAGGUUUGGAAUCUUGACCAUCCAGGCAGCACGGGAGAAUUCAAACACUACAAGGUGAAGAUUGGAUCACUUACUGGUGGUGCGGGAACCAAUGAGCCUUACAUCUCUUGGGGCGCCAAAAUCAAGUUCAUUGGCAUAGUGCAAGACAACGAUGCAAAUGAAAACAUUGGGGAGAGUACAUUCAAGAACCUGCAACUUUACCACGACAGUGCAGCCCCUGUUGAAACAGUUGACCCAGGUCCAUCAAUCACAGGAACUUCUAUCGAAAUAGAUGUAUCCAAUCCGACGAGCCAUGGUAACUGGAAAGUUGGAUGCACAAGGCUUGAUGGCAGUGUACCCGAUCAGCCACCACAAAGUGUCUACAAGUACGAUGGCAAGUCAUUCAAUGCUGGAACUUCAACAACAAAUUUCAAGUACAAAUUGGAUGGUCUCCUUUCUGGCUAUGAAUACACUGCAAAGCUGUUCCCCGUGGACAGCAGUGGUAAUCAGCUCCAAGGUUCAACUCCACAGGAAACAGUGGCGUCAACAUAUUGCUGUUGCAACUGCAAUUCAAUCAUUGUCGGUGAUACCACCGGAAGGCCAAUAGGCUUGAAGGCCUAUCAGGUCAAAGGUUUUGUUAUGUUCAAUUUCAUUGACAACUCUCUGUGUGCUGAAGCCUACGCCUUUACUCGAUCUUCGCUUGAGGACGAGUUCUUUGAUAAUUCGGAUGAAACAAGAAAGAGUGUCUUCACACCGAACUACAAUUACUACCCCAAGAAGAAGUGUGGUGGUGCUCCAGUCUUGCCAGGGAAAGCUGCAGCUGAUGAUCUGAGGACCUCCUCGCUUGUGGUUGGUGCUGCCUACCGGUACUGCGUCCGCGCAGUUGCUCAGUUCUACUCGGCAGAUUCCCUGCACUCCAGUGAUGAGAACUGCAACAUCCAUUUCGUCUGCUGGCAAGCUUCCAUGUCGGGCAAGGUCACAACAGCCCCUUUGGCCGGGAGUCUACCCAUUGAAGAUGUUGCUGUUUCAUGGGAGUUGUUGAACCCACAGCUAACUGUUGUCAUUGCUUCUGGAAGUGCUGUGACCAAGAGGCCUGGUACUUAUUCCAUUGAGUUUGACGAGUUGCACACUGAACUUGAUCGUGACAACGAGUUUCCCGUUCGAAUCAAGUUUUCCAAGGCAACCACUGUUGGCAAUGAUACUAUUACACACCAGUUCCUCUGCAAUGAGGGUUCGACAGACUGCACCGAUGGCACUAUUGUGUAUCUGAAGCAUCUUACCUUUGAGGAACCUGUAGUGUCCUACGACAACUCCUCAGUUCCUGUCCGCGGAAGAGUGACAAUUUGGGAGCCAAGUGGGUGCCCUGUCAUUGGUGCUGAGGUGUGCCUGAAGAUUAAGCAUACUCAGACUGCUGACACCACAGGUGCCUGCGUCAAAACGGAUCACAACGGAGACUACAAUGUCCCCGCGGCCAUUGGUUCCACGGUUGGCAUUGAAGUCUCUUACAACAACCACACUAUGAACAAGGCACCUGAGAAUUCCCUGGACUACAACAAAGGUGUUUUCAUCAAUGUCAACAAGCGCUAUGUCCGCAAUGACUUUGUAGAUGUGGCCAAGGCAAAACUUGUUGUGGAAGUGGUUGGUGGGCUGUGCAAUAAGACCCUUGGUGUCAGUCGACUCGAAGCAACGGUAAAUGGGUGUGAUCGAACAAACUGGAAAAUGGACCUGAGCCAAAAAUUCUUCAAAGGAGAGCACUGGGUGCCUGCCCAUGUUCUUGACCUGAAAGUGGUCGGCAUGUCGAAUGAUGCAAAGAACGACUUUUCAAAGAUCCUUGACUUCUUUGCGACAAAAAAUAUGACAAAGACUAUUGACUUGCUAGAUGCUGGCGAUAUGCAAGAUGAGACAAAUCGUGUUGACUCUAGCAGCAGUUCGACUUCAGAGCAGAAGAGUGAAGGUUCCAAGAGUAAAGAGUCCUAUGACAAGGUCCGCUUCCAGUACGAUGGUGACCUCGUCAUGGACUUCAGGUUCAUGGGUGUUGAUUUGGCAGAAAGUUGUACCCUGCAAACAGUCAAGCCUCAAGGAACUCUCAUUUCUGGUACAGAAACCACAACAUCAUUCCAUGUCACAACUACUGGAUCAACCUUCCGGCCCAAGGUGUUUUUGAAGUACUCCCUGCUCCCAGGCCUUACAUGUGAUAUCCUUUCUGAUGAAAUUGCUGUGAGAGUCAUCAACAAGAUUGGAAUAGAUGCAGACUUUGAAAAAUAUGCAUCCACCCUUCAAAGCAAAGCUGUCCUGCUAAACCGUCUCAAGUUGUGUAGUGAUGAUGGUGGUUGCAACUUCCCAGUGAAUCAUGACAUCAUCAAUGGAAAAAAGACCAAUGCACACAUGCUUCCCAGAAAGGAUGAUGGUACUGUAGUUGCCUUUGCUGCUGGAAGGCCAAAUCUUUAUGGCGACUUUAGGAAGGAUUUGACUCUUGAAGUCCUUGACAAGAACCUGAAAACCUUGAAGACACACAGAGCUGAAGUUGUUGUCAUUGGUGACUACGUCAAAGGUCCGGGGGAGUCUUUUGCUCUACCAACAUACAAGCCCAUCUUGAUCCUCCGGGAUCCGCCUGGUGGUCUCUCCCAGUCGAUUUAUGAGAAUGUUCAGACUUCAAUCAAAGUCAAAUCCUCCACAGUAGAGAGAGUGAAGGAUACCACAUUCCACUAUGACAGAUCCGUUGGAGGAGAACAUGAGUACUCCAUGUGUGCUGGUUUUGGAGCAAUGGCAUGCAAAGAUGUACUGGAGAUUGAAGGUGAAUUUGAAACCGGCCUGGGACUAGAUUCAAGCACUGUUCAGCAGGAUGAUGAAGAUUCCUACACCUCUGAGUUCACAACAACUUGGAGCUAUGCUACCAGUGACGACCCAGUUUUGGCAGGACGAAAAUCAGAUGUAAUUGUCAUUCCCAACCUCAACGUCCAGUACCACAUUGUUACGACAGUUGCAUUCUAUGGAGGCACGUCAUGCCAAGUCAACACUACUGACACUGUUAAGUUCUCUCUGACUGAUCCCGGCAACAAGCCUGCUCUCUCCUUCCUCAGUGUGUACAACAUUGAGACGCACCAACUGCCUGAUCUGAAAAAGGCCAUUAGUGACAAGAAGGCAGAGCAUGACAAACUGGCUGCCAACCACCCAAACAAAACCAAGACUAAAACACAACUCAAGGUUUUGGAAGACGCGUUGACAGGCUGGAACCAAACCAUGACAGAUUACGAUAGCAUCAAUAAAAAUGCCAGCAAGAACAAACUUGACAUUGCUGGAAGGGAAUGGUUCACAAAAUGGGCUUCUACAAAGGAUAUGAUGGAAAAGGAGCCAACCAUCACUGAUCACUGGUCCAACCUCGCCCCAGAAGUUCUGACUGACCGAACGGAAGCUUUUGACUUUGACUACAUCAAGCAGGCGAAAUUAGCAUCAACUGACAAGACUGACCUGAAGGAGACGAACAGAAUUCAGUUCAGUGGUGGUGGUGGUACCGUGGAGUUUGUGGUGGAUCAUGCAGGUGCCAGUGAACUAAUGCGUUUGGACAAAACCCACAAAAACGGGGCCGUAUCUAGUACUGCCACCUUGGAAGGGGAAAUGGAAAUCUCUGCAGGUGCCAGCUUUGGCGUGGCAAUUGGUGGUGGGUUCACAUAUGAAUCAUCCACCUCAGGGACCGUAACUGAUGAAAGUGGCCGUCAGACCACGGUUUCUUUCUUGCUUGGAGAUGAACAACCAAACGAUGAGUUUGUGGUGGACAUUUUUGUUGAUCCAACCUAUGGGACCUUUGUUUUCCACACUGUUUCCGGGUGUUCCAGGGCUCCAUGGGAACCAAACACGAAGAAGGGCGAAGAUCUAAGCAUGUCCAUGGUGAAACCAGAUGGCCCUGUGAUGCCAGAUGAUGCAGUUGUGAUUGACGUGACCCUCUUGAAUGCUGGUGAGACCAUGGCCGUGUUUCAGGCAUAUGUUGACCACACAACCAACCCAGGCGGCCUGAGACACUUUAUGGGUGGUGUUGGCUUGGAUGUACCCAUUGACUACACGCUGGGAGCGCGUUCGGAGAUUACGACAAAGGUGGAGAUCAGGAGGGGUCCAAAGGGCUACAAGUUCCCUUCCACAACUAUGUAUCUUGUGAGCUUGUGGGAUGAGCUUGGCAUCGAAGCUGGAUCUGUUGAGAUCUUCAACUUUGUAGAUGCGAACAACAAGAAGUGGAUUUUGUUUGAAGAACCAUGUCCACGAGUAGAAUGGGCUGGUUCUCUGAAGAGAGAAAAGAAGGCCUCAGUCAUCAAGAAUGUUAAGCCUGUUGACCUGACUGUCUUCAAUCCUCAAAAGGCUGAUGGGACAUUUGAAAGCAUUGCAAAGAACUCGCGGCUAAGCAAUGUGUAUGCUUGGUAUCGUCAGCUUGGUGAUAUUGGCGAUACCUCUUGGAAGAAGGCUCAACUUGCAGAUAAGACACAUAUUGACUUCGCCAACAUUCCCAAUGUCAGUUCAUACAAGGAAAGUCCCUAUGGAUAUUCCAAGAUUCCCUGGGACAUUGGCACUACCUUGGCUUCCACAGGAGAUGGGGCUUACGAGGUGAUGGUCGAGAGUGUGUGUGAGACGCUGCCUGGAGCACCUGACGAGUUCAACAAAUUUCAAUCGGAUCUAAUAACUUUGGUUGUCGACCGAGUCCAGCCAGAGCUUUAUGGCAAGGCUCUGCCAAUCAGAGAUGUUGUGGUUCCUGGCGAAGAGAUUGUACUGGUUUUCACAGAGUCCAUCCAGUGUGAGCUUCCCUACCGGUUUUUCUUGAAUGUGACUGUUGCUGGCCUUGAUCCCCCACUGUUCAACGAACGAGACUUGAAGAUUGACUGCCAGGGCCGAAAACUUGGAUUCCAAUUUGACCCAACACAAACUGGUGGCGGCUGGGAUGUACUGAUGGGCAAAGAAAUGACAGUCACAGUGGAUCAAAUCAAGGAUCUGGAAGGCAAUGUGCUUCCCAACAAAAUCACAUUUCAGAAAACACUUGCCAAUUUGAACCUCCAAGCAGUGACAAGCACUUUUGACUUCAGGCUGGCCACGUCUAGUUGUACUAGUCCUGUUGAUGAAGCCAAGGUCAAGAACAAGAUUGCAACUGAGCUGGCUCUGAGUGACUCCAGCCGGGUAACAGUUGUCUCCUCUUCGUGUGAUGGCACAACCACUGUUGCCAAAGUGAAGAUCAGCCCAACCAGUGGUCGGCGACUGAGGAAUGAAGAAGAGGAGGGUCACAAUGCUAUGAGUGCCUUCUAUGCCUUGCUCAAGUUGUCUUCUGGUGACACUGGUUCCAGAUCCAGGAAGCUGAUAAGUCUUGAUGGUGCAGAUUAUUUCACCUUCUCUGUUGACAACAUGGAGCUGGUUCCUGGAGAGGCCGACUUGAAGAAGUAUGGCUUGAAUGCGGAACUGACACCCGAGGAGGAGAUGAUCUUGGCGGCUGCCGAUGCAUGCGACAGUAAUCACUUGGAGCAGAGGCAUCAGCUGUUGAAGAUGGAGCAUACUGUUCGAGAGCAUUUGAACCAAACAGAGAGUCACAUAGACAGGAUGGCAAAGGAGACUGAUGCUCAUAUCGAGGAUCUCGAAACACACCUCGAAGAACUUGACCACAAGCUAGAUGAGAUUGACCAGAAGAUGGAAGGCAAGCUGGAUGAGAUCGUUGCUCGUCUAUUGGAAACAAAGACUCAAACUCCUUCUGAGAGCGUUAGACCUGAACAUGUCGAGCUUCCUGAUGAAAAGCAGGACCUCACAGUGCUUUUGGCACAGCUUCGGGAGGAGCAGAUGCUUUUGGCACAGCUUAGAGAGGAGCAGAUGCAGUCCCGCUUCUGUAACAUUGUCCUUGGAUUGUCCCUGCUGGUUGGAAUGGUGGUGUCACUUUAUGUCAGAGCUGGACGUUAG